AUGACGGCGGCGGCGUCGCGAAAAAAGAAGCAUAAUCACCGACCCAAAGAUGACCAUCGACGCUCUGACCAACCCGAACGAAGCAGACACGCAAGGAACACCAAGGAGAGAUCGCAUGAUCGGGGUCGGCACACCGAGGCAGUCGAGAAGCCCCUGAACAAUGCAGGAAAGCGCUACCUUCCUGACGACAGAGCCGACCCUAGUGAGCGCGUCCGGGCCUGGGUUCAACGGACACAGAACCGACACCCCCAUCGUUCUCUUCUCACGGCGCUUGACAGCGACGAAAGGUUGCGACGCACUUCCUCCCCCAGAUAUCGAGACACCGAUAUCAUCAGAGGCAAGAAACGGGGCAGAUCUGUCUCACGCAGUCCCUCGGUGUCCUUGGAGCAUGGUUUUGAUGGUGGACAAGUUGAACCUCGCUUUGAGAAACGGCGCAGGUACAAAACUCACGAGGACAAGUAUGAGUAUAAAGGGGAAAUAAACCGUAGGAAACAACCAAACAAAGAUCGUAACGGAAAAUUAGACCAGGAGGCGAAGGUCAGGACGGAUCGGGUUCCACUGCAAGUCAUAAACACAGAAAGCCGUAUGAGGGUACCAGAUCAUAAAUUCGCACCAGUCAGCAGACAUGACCAUCAACCCAGCUAUGCUCCGGGGUCACGACAGUCUACCAGUUUCAGCAAAGUAUUUGAAGACCGCCACCAUUCGGCUCACCGGCCCCUUGCCCUCCCAUCAAGAACCUCAAGGCAAUAUGUUUCUGCCCACCCGCGGGACUCUUCAUACGAUCUUAACCAGGACGAAUCCUACUUUUCAAGCCCAUCGAGAACUAACACCGUAGCAUACCAGCAAGAAAGAAAGCGUCGGCACUUUGCUAAGAAAGGAAGUCAUCGUGAGCAACAAAUUCUCCACAAUAGCUGGUCAGUGAGUAAGUCCAUAAGCCAGCCAGUGGAUCAUACCAAUCACAUCAGACUUUCUGUGGAAAGACAUCCUGGAGUACAACCAUCAGGGCAAUUGGAAAUACCUUUACCGAAAAACUCCUCAAGACAAGAAAGUCCCGGUGUUGUACCCUCAGCCCCCGGGCAUAUUGUCACAAUAGUGUUGCCUAGGUACAAAGAUGCUGAGACGCAAACCGAUCAAUCGCUGCUGGCCGAGUUGCUAAAGCCCACUGAGCAAGUACCUACGGCAUUCAACGACUCCAAGGAUGCUGCCACGCAACCUCGUUGUGGUCCUGAAAUACAGAGGAGGAUCCAACUGCUUCCAGACAGCCCCUACUCUAACACCAAUCCAACCCCCAUCAAUGAGAUAAAACAGGAGCCUUUCCAUCAGCAUCAUGCGCUACCAAACAGGCAGCCUUAUUCUUCUGAACAAGCACUGGGCCGGCGACAGGUUCUUGGCGAACAAAGAUACCUGGAGGAAUUUGUGACCAACCAUAUUGUGCCUAUGCACUCGCGGCACUAUGUUCAAGCACCAAGUUCGUAUCAUGCCAACGGCGGAAGCCAACAGCAGUUUCUCGGGCAGUAUCACGCGUCCAAUUCCCAGCCGUUCCAUACCAAUACCUCCGCCGAGGGCUUGCGAAUUGACCGCCGGCUUAGCGACCUGGUUCAGCGAAAUGAAGCAGGCUCGCCACCAAGAUCCAUGAUUGCAUCUCAACAACUUGCGCAGGGAUUCAGUAACAGGGUACGGUUCCAGGAACCGAAUUCGACAGUACAAAGACCGCAAGCACCGUACAGGGAAGACAUGGACGAGUUUAUCAGACGGAUAGAAGAGGAAGAUCUUGGGGAGUUGAGCGAUGCCUUGGCGGUAGAGGAUAAUGGUGUUCCAGUCAAGACUGAAGAGUACUUCAGCCUUGAAGAGCUUGAAGGUGAAGGGUCCAACACAGCUCACGAUGCCCAAAACCGCCAGUAUGCGCCUAUUAUUGGAGCCGAUGAUCUUGCUGAAAACUCCGACACGGAGGUUUUGUUGGGUCCCAGAACCCCGGAACGGAAGUCAAGGCCACCUGCAAGAAUAUUACCGAGAUACCUGGGGCAGGAUAGAGCGGAUCUAUCGUUACCGGGCAGGAUGUGGAGGUCUGGCCAAGGGCUUGCAAUACCCGGGCAGUAUAGACAGUUAUACGAAACCUGA